AUCUGCUCCCGAGAGCGCAAGUAAAGACCAAUCGUACUACAUCCCAUUCAGAGAGAUGCUGUCAUCAACAUCCUGUGCCAUCCAAACUUUUUCACUCCUCAAUCUUUACCAACUCUAAUCCCCCGAAAUCCACAACCCAUCUCUCUCUCUCUCUCUGUGAUAUGGAAGGUGCCCUCUUUCCCACCAGGCCAGUGUAUCCCAUCCCAACAACCCGACCUAGCCAACCAAACCGACCUUUGAAAUUCGCUUCAACAACUCUGCCAGCCCCUCCCCAAUCCCCAUCUUCUUCCUCCUUCCCUUUAGACACUCUCCUUCAGCACCUGCUGCACCUUUCUUCACCUCCCAACACCACCCACAAGCUCGAACCCAUACACCCACCUCAACGCAGUAAUGCCCACUUCUCUUCCCUUCACACUUCUGUUGAUUCGACCCAGCUAGACCACCAACAAGCGCAUCCAAAGAAACCCACUUUAGUUUCAGCGCCAUCGUUUGAGAACAAAAAAGAAGAGUUUCAACCAGGAGAUGGGUCUCUGGAGUUCUUGUCAAGAAACGGUAAGUUGAUGUUCAAUUCAAUUUUAGAACAGCCUUUGCCUAGUUUGAAUGCAUUCUUUGAUUCUGUCAAGUUUGACUUGCUUGAAGUUGAUUUGAUCAGUCUCUUGAAAGCAUUAGACCUUUCAGGCAAUUGGGAAAGAGCUCUUUUGUUGUUUGAGUGGGUUGUGUUGAACAUAAACUCUGAAAAUGUGAAACUAGACAAUCAGGCUAUCGAAGUAAUGGUUAGGAUCCUUGGGAGAGAGUCACAGCAUUUGACUGCAUCGAAGCUGUUUGAUGUAAUUCCCGUUGACGAAUACUCGCUCGACGUCCGAGCCUACACCACUAUUCUUCAUGCAUUUUCUCGCGCUGGCAAGUAUAGAAAAGCCAUCACUAUGUUUGAGAAAAUGAAGGAAAGUGGUCUCUCCCCGACUUUGGUAACUUACAAUGUCAUGCUUGAUGUUUAUGGAAAAAUGGGUCGUUCUUGGAAUAAGAUUUUAGGUCUCUUGGAUGAAAUGAGAAGUAAAGGACUGGAGUUUGAUGAGUUUACUUGCAGUACCGUGAUAUCUGCAUGUGGGAGAGAAGGUCUUUUAAAUGAAGCGAAAGUGUUCUUUGCUGGAUUGAAGUCACAAGGCUAUGUACCUGGAACUGUUACUUAUAAUUCUUUGCUACAAGUGUUUGGGAAAGCAGGGAUAUACACAGAGGCCUUGAGCAUCUUGAAAGAAAUGGAGGAUAAUAAUUGCCCACCGGACUCUGUUACUUACAAUGAGCUUGUGGCAGCUUAUGUGAGAGCAGGAUUCUAUGAUGAAGGGGCGGCUGUCAUAGACACGAUGACCUGCAAAGGAGUAAUGCCAAAUGCUGUUACAUAUACAACUGUGAUAAAUGCCUAUGGCAGAUCAGGAAAGGAAGACAAGGCCUUAAGGUUGUUCAACCAGAUGAAGGAGUUGGGUUGUGUUCCUAAUGUAUGUACAUACAAUGCUGUUCUCGGGAUGCUAGGGAAAAAAUCGCUAUCAGAGGAGAUGAUAAAGAUACUCUGUGAUAUGAAAUUAAAUGGUUGUGCCCCAAACCGUAUUACAUGGAACACAAUGCUUGCCAUGUGUGGUGACAAGGGUAAACACAAGUAUCUCAACCGCAUCUUACGGGAAAUGAAGAAUUGUGGUUUUGAGCCGGAUAGAGAUACAUUUAAUACUUUAAUUAGUGCAUAUGGCCGGUGUGGGUCUCAUAUUGAUGCUGCUAAGAUGUCUGAGGAGAUGAUUAAAGCAGGGUUUAGUCCUUGCGUUACAACUUAUAACGCUUUUCUAAAUGCACUGGCCCGGCUAGGUGAUUAUAUAGCUGCAGAAUCUGUCAUUAUAGACAUGAGGAAUAAGGGUUUCAAGCCGAAUCAAACUUCAUACUCACUGAUGCUUCAUUGUUAUGCAAAGGGGGGAAAUGUCAAGGGGAUAGAGAAGAUUGAGAAAGCCAUUUAUGAUGGUCAUAUCUAUCCUAGCUGGAUGCUUUUGAGAACCCUCAUUCUUGCAAACUUCAAGUGUAGAUCACUAAUGGGAAUGGAGAGGGCAUUUCUGGCACUGCGGAAGAAUGGAUACAACCCUGAUUUGGUAUUGUUUAACUGUAUGCUUUCCAUUUUUUCGAAAAAUAAAAUGUAUGACAGGGCCCAUGAGAUGCUGCACUUGAUUCGUGAGUGUGGGCUGCAACCUGAUCUCGUAAGCUACAAUAGCUUGAUGGACAUGUAUGCCAGAGGGGGAGAUUGUUGGAAAGCAGAAGAAGUCCUUAAGGGACUACAAAAAUCUGGUGGGAAACCAGACCUUGUGUCUUAUAACACUGUCAUCAAAGCAUUUUGCAGGCUAGGGCUAAUGCAGGAGGCUUUAAGAAUUCUCUCAGAGAUGACUGCUAGAGGGAUUCGGCCAUGUAUUUUUACCUACAACACUUUUGUGGCAGGCUAUGCUGGGCAGGAAAUGUUUGUAGAAGUAGAUGAAGUGAUUGGCUAUAUGGUUCAGAACAACUGCAGACCGAAUGAGCUAACCUACAAGAUAGUAGUGGAUGGUUAUUGUAAAGCGAGAAACUAUAAAGAAGCCAUGGAUUUUGUGUCAAAUAUUAAGGAGAUGGAUAAAUCCUUUGAUGAUCAGUCUGUUCAAAGACUUGCUUCUCGCAUCAGGGAGUAUUUGGAGUCAUGAUUUCAUCACUCACAUCCAACGACUUCUUUUUGUUUGUUGCUUGGGGAAUACAGGUGCAGGUCAGUUGUGACUGUUAGAAAUAUAUUAUGAUUUUUACUUUAUUGAUUUAUGUUUCCUAUAGGUCGAUUUAUGUUUUCUUAUAUAAGUCGAUUUAGGUUUACUUGUAUAGGUCGACUUAUUCAACUAUAAAUAGGGAACUAUGUAUUGUAAACAAUCAAAUUAAUGAGACAUAAUGUAUCUUUAGGAGCUA